AUGGCUCACUUUAUAAACGCAACCUCCUCCACCUUCCGCUCCCAGGCCAACUUCAACUUCAAUUCUAUGCUCCAGUCCCGCUGGUUAGAGCUUUUCACGCACCUAGCGACUACCACAUGGACGGAUAUCCAAACGACCUUAUUCUGGAAUCUAUCGAUGGUAGCGGCGUCGGUGUUAUUGAGUAGUGCCAUUGCGUUUGUGUUUGCGUCGAGUUUGGAGGGGAGAGGUGAUAUUUAUAGGCCGAAGAAAAGUGUUUAUUAUUUUGCGCCGAGGGUGGAGGAUGAGUAG